AUGGGGCCACUGACCCGUGGCCGCGCCGCCGUGGCAGCCUCGAGUCAGGGGGAUGUAGGUCGUGGGAGUUCUAGCCCCAGCGCUUGCCAGACGGGAGACGUUGAGCUGAGGCCCGUGCCUGCCCAUGAGAGGCCCGGGAUCUCGAUGCGGGACGGCUCGAGGCCAGUUGGUCGAGGUACUGGCAGGCGGGUCGUUCUUCCUGUGGGGCUGAAGCGGCCGCUAGAACAGGCCCAACCCUCGAUGGCCAAGAAGCUAAAGGUGGGGGCAGUUCCCAAUGGCUCGGGUUCCUCCGAUCCUCGGCCAUCGACAGGUGUUGAGAGAACCCCGCCUCGUCCAUCGGAGGGGGGUUCCAUUUCUGAUACCACCCCGCCGUCGCCAAGGCGGGUCGAGACGCCUCGUGUUCAAGAGCAGGAGGGAGCCCCCGAGCCUCCUCGAUCUAGGGGCAUGGGGGAUCCCAACACCAUCAGCGACGGAUCCGACGGUGACCGGCUCUCGAAGGAUGCCCGCACCGUGGACGAAGAGGUCGAGGCCUCUUCUAUCGUGAAACGGACGCCUUGGCCCAUCGGGCUUCACUCCGUCGAAGAGAGGAGGAAGAAAGAAGAAAAGUGCAAGGGUGGGGAAGAAGAAGAGGAAGAAGAGAGGCGGCGGCAGCAGGGAGAGCGGCUCCAGGAGCUGUUGGAGCAACACCGUCAACAAGAACUACUGAAGCUUCAGAGGAAGCAGCAGCUGUGGAGUCGGCAGCUGGAAGAACUACUGGAAUAG